ACUUGGAACUGAUUCGGAAGUCGAAUUGGGGAUGGAUCCGGAGCAGACGUACCUCCGAGUCCACGCCCGGUUGUCGGGGAUGCUCUCGCAGCUGCUCACUCCGGGGAUUCGCAUGGCACUCGAGUUCAUGUACUUUACCUUUGCCGUCGCAAUCUUCGUGCUUCUUUUCGUGAUGCACGCCAAUUUCGUCCAGCAGCCUGGUUGUGCAAGUGAGCUAUCUGGAGUCAAAUUUGGAGAAGCUCAACUAGUACAGAUCAAGAUAUCUACUGCAGGUCUUUGGACUCAGACCUCAUCUGGAUGGAAUAGUUUGGAGCUGCAGAGUGGAGUUCUUAGGGAUAAUACUGGCAGUACAGAUAUUGCUGCAGAUGGAUUCACUGUCUUAUCUACGAAGUUUUGGUCAAACUGGUUUGGUUCGGGCUCUCGAAGGAGCAAACUGAUUUUUAAAUCAUGGAAGAAUGACAAAGAGUUGCUUGUUCCUGCAGUGGAAAAAACAUCUGAUAUUACCAUUACUAAGACCAUUGAACACGAGACAAAUUCAAAAAGUGAGUCACCAAUUCUUCAAAUUGGACGCCCAAUCUCUAUCAGAGAAUUCAUCCUAGUAGAAGUGAAAGACUUCUCUAGUAAGUUGAAGAUACAAUUUAUUUCAUUUUUGAAAAGAGGAAAGGAGUUCCUAAUCUCUGCCAGUCAUUUAUGGAAACGUGCAGGGUGGUAUGCAUUUCUUGAUUUUCUUGAGUGUUUACGGCUACUUCGCUUUGAAGAUCUUAAGUCUUUGCCAGUUCAAUAUCUUGAGAAGAAAAGCAGAGCAAUUGAGCCAGCAUAUUUAUAUACAACAGAAAAGGGAUAUUUCCUGCUUCCUGAAGUAGCCAAAUCUCAUCACAACAUACAAACUGUCAACAUUACAAUAUCCGCUCAAAGCUCGUGCUUUGGGAACAGGUGGCAGCAACUUCUUAUCAACGUUUUUGUUGGUUAUGAUACUAUUUUGAUGAACACACUUCUAAGUUCUCCUGGGCACGGUUAUCUUUACAAUUAUCAAACAAAAGAGUUCUAUGAUCUUAGUUAUGGUCAGGAAGCAUCAAAUGGUCCUACACGAUUUGGAGAGUACUUCGUCACCAAAUGCGGCGUGCUCAUAAUGUCGUUGUUUGUAUUCUUUACCAUUACGAUGUCAGUUUCAUUUACUUUGAGGGAAACACAAUCUCGGAUGCUUAGAUUUACAGUCCAGCUUCAACACCAUGCUCGUAAUCACCUUCCGACAUUUCAGUUAAUUUUUGUGCAUGUAAUCGAGUCUUUGGUCUUUGUACCUAUUAUGAUUGGCAUCCUCUUUUUCCUAUUUGAGUUCUACGAUGACCAACUACUAGCAAUCUUGGUCUUAACUCUUGUGUGGCUGUGUGAGUUAUUUACGAUGAUCAGCGUGCGGACAACUAUAUCAAUGCAGUUCUUUCCUCGGUUUUUCUUGCUAUAUUUCCUCGUAUUUCACAUCUACUUCUUCUCUUAUCCUUAUGGUUUUUCUUAUGUGGCCUUUUCUGCAAUGGCAGCAUUUAUGCAACACUUGAUUCUUUACUUCUGGAACCGAUUUGAGGUCCCUGCCUUACAAAGAUUCAUGAGAACUCGCGCUCAGCUGCAGCAUCAAACUGGUGUUCAGAUCACAUCAUCUGCUAUUUACACUUCAACGUUUCACAUUGCACGAGUAAGCAUACCUAACCGCAAUCCGUUUGGGACCGAACCCACAAUUGCAACAGCCGAAACCCCUGCAAGGUCCGAUCAAGCCAGCGAGCUCGAUCCACCUGCCGUGCCCUUUGCAAACAAUGAGGCUCAAGAAGUUCCCAACCUUAACCCGCAUCAAAGAACUCAACCUCCGCCAAGGCCUACAAACUCUUUAGGGUCCCUUCUGCUCUCAUUGCUGGGCGGUGCACAUUCCGAAAGCCUAUUUUCCUUAUUUUCCCCAUCAAGAGAUUCCCAAAACCAGGGUCAAGUAUACACAGAGCAGACACCACAAGAGAACCAACCAUUGACGACCUGAAUUCUCGACGAAUGCCAACAAUGGCAAGUUGUGUUGGAAUUUUAUCGCAUCAGGAUCCCUUCCUAAGUUGAAGGCAUACAUGAACCAGGAGGAAAUAAUAGUCUUUGGCUUUUGAAGGCUUGACGUUCUUGAGUUAUAUUCAUGUAAAUAAUACAUCGGCUUUGUCAUGUAACUCUUCAUUGGGCCUAGUCUGCAAGUUAAAAAUUUCUUCUUUAUUUCUCCCUCCCUCCAUAUAAUGUAUUGACCUGGAAAUUAACUUGUUGAUUAAAUAUUUUGUCAUGUUUCAAAUA